CAGUCGGACGCCUGUUCGGCUCAAGCACGAGGCGUUCUGUUGGUUGUCGCGAUUUCGCGGUGGGCAGGUUGCGGCUAGCUGUGUGUUAUGCAAAGGUUCCGUUGAGGUACCCCACAUCGAGCGGUAACGUCAUGGCCACAUGAGCGUGCCCAACUAGAGGCCCCUCAUCAUCCGCAUCGACAGAGUGAGAAAGGCUCAACACAACAGAGGGGCCGCACCAAAGCCAAAGCGUCACAAGGGGACGCCUGACCGACAUUCAAAAAGGGCUCCCGAUCUGUCCCGCGUCGACACCACGCGGACACAAAAAGGAGAACAAACCACAACCGUGUUUUUUUUUUUUCGCUUCUCCAUCUUAGACGCACCAGGCCGGAUCCCACCUUCACCAAAACGAGCCCCACACCACCACCACCGCCGCCGCCGCCACCACGAACAGCUCCCCUCCUCCUCCUCCUCCUUCCUCCCCACGGACACACAAACUUUAAGGAAAGAGAAAGAAAAGAACACGCAGACGCACGUUUCGAACCCCACCCUUCCAGCACGUUCAACUCUCGCCCCGAUGUCUGACUUCGAGACCGCGUACGCCAACGCCGGCAAGCUCUUGGGCGGCACCGACGCCGACAAGCUCGAGUUCUACAGUCUCGCCAAGAUCGCCAACGGCGAGGACAUCAACGCGGCGCCAAAGCCGGGCACGUUCGACUUUACGGGCAAGGCAAAGCGCAGCGCUUGGCAGAAGAAGGUCGACGAAGGCAUCACAGCAGAGGAGGCGAAGAAGCAGUACGUCGAGCGAUUCAACGCGCUGAAGGAGAAGUACGGCCUCAAGGAGUAGACGAGAAGCGGGGGACAGAAAGGAAGAGAGGAGGGCGUUUGUCGUCCUUUGUACGUAAAGCUCUCGGGGGUAUCACAAUACAAAAAAGCCGUAAGCUGUACACGUGCA